AUGUCUGAUAAGGGGUCAGUCGAACUUGGACUGUCCAAGAGGCAGCCCUUGCUGAAAGACAAACCAACCGUUGGCGAUAACCAAUCCAUCCUCGCAAAGACAACCAAGACUCAUCCUAAAGGCAGCAAAGGCGAUGAAAAUGCAAAUGUAUAUUUCAUCGGGACCGCUACCACUAUAAUUGAAUGGCAAGGUUUCCGUCUCCUCACAGACCCAAACUUCCUUCAUGCCGGUGAUCAUGUUCAUCUUGGCCCUGGGGUUACUGCUCAGCGACAAACAAACCCAGCGGUUGAUCUACAUGAGCUGCCAUCCCUAGACGGAAUUCUUCUCUCGCACUACCAUGAGGAUCACUUUGAUCGCCUGGUGGAGGACUCUCUCAAUAGGGAUUUCUUGAUUGUCAGCACACCUCAUGCGUACAAAUGCUUGACAUCAAAAGAUGAGCCCUUCACCAAUGUCAAGGCACUCGACUUUUUUGAUCAUUUGAGCCUCAAAUCUGAAGACUCUGAAGCUGAACAUCAUCGUCCGGUUAUCAAAGUUACCGGCAUGCCAGGCAAGCAUGUACCUCCCGGCCCCUUGGCUGUUGCGAACGACCUCCUCGGCGCUGUUCCGCCUACCAAUGGCUGGAUGCUUGAGUUGGGACACCAAGAUGCUGAAGAUGACGAAAUCCAGACCGGUUAUCGUAUCUACAUCUCUGGGGAUACUCUUCUCGUGGACGAACUGAAAGACAUUCCUAAGUGGCUCCAGGAGAAGCGCAUCGACCUCAUGCUUAUACACCUGGGAGGCACCACUAUCCCCGGACCAUCUGUGCCGCUGAUCAUGGUCACGAUGGAUGCGAAACAAGGAAUUGAGAUGAUCAAGAUGAUGAAUCCGGAUGUUACGAUUCCUAUUCAUUACGAUGACUAUGACGUCUUCCUGUCUCCUCGGAGUGACUUUGAGAAGGCUGUGAAAGAAGCAGGAAUGGAAGAUCGAGUAGUCAUUCUCGAUAGGGGGGAUAGAUAUGAAUUUGCUGUCAGAAAGAAUUAG